CCGUGGUAUUUCAAAGAUGGGAUACAAGAGCCUAAUAAAGCGGAAGUGAACCCUACGACUGGAGUUAGAAUUUCACGAUUAUGGCCUGAAGAAAAAAAAGGUGGUGACCGUGUAGAAGAACAACUAAUGUUUAUACCACCCAAUUAUCAAUAUGAAAAUGCACCAAUGAAAACAAUUUUACUAUACAACGGCAUAAGUAACUGGAUGGUAGAUGAAGGACAAAGUGAAUUUCUUUCAAACGAUUGUCCAGUGAAUAGAUGCAUAAUUUCAACUAAGACAAAAUUAAUUUAUUCGAUGGAUGCAAUUUUAUUUCGAGAGGAAUUCUAUGAUCCAUUAUCCGAAACCGGUUUUAAAAAGAAUAGUAAACAAAUAUGGAUUUUAUUCUUCCUUCAGUCAGCAUAUUACUCGGGAUUUGACGUAGGUAAUGAUAUGAUUAACUGGACAGCCACAUAUCGACACGACAGUGAUAUUGUCAUACCAUACGGACGAUGGGCAUAUUUCGAUCCUUCAGUGACUCGAGUUGAACAGUUAAAUAUUAAUUAUUCUCUAAACAAAACGAAACAAGUGGCGAUGAUAAUUACUAAUUGUGAUACUGACAACCAAAGAUUAUUAUAUGCAAAAGAAUUGGGCAAAUAUAUAUCUGUUGAUGUAUAUGGUCAAUGUAAAGGAUAUAAAAUGAACAAAUUUGAUAACUUUUUACAAAUAUUAGAUCAGGAUUAUAAAUUCUAUUUGGCUUUCGAGAGUUCAAAUUGUAUCGACUAUGUGACUGAAAAGUUUUUUAUAGAUGGACUUCAGUACAACGUUCUACCGGUCGCUUUUGGUUCCGGUUCCAGUUCCAGUGUUCAGAAAUGAGAAAACCGCGGUUUUAACCGAUUUUUUGGAAAACCGGUUAAACCGGUUUCGAUCCCUGUUUUGGUGAGAUAGC